AUGAUAAAAGAUUUAGAUGAAAUAAAUAGAUAGCUAAAACAAAAUUAUGUAAAAACGAAUACAAAUAUUUAAAUAAAUCAGGAUCUUUUAUCAGAAAAUUAAAAUAUCCCGAUUUUAAUAAGGUCAAUUUCAAACCUAUUACAAAAAAUUAUUAGAUUACCUUUACCAUCUCUAAGUUUGCCUCAAUUUCUAUUGUCAGAGAAAGUUAAGGAAAAACAAUUAAGAGAAAAUGAUAUGUUAUGGAUUGCAGCAAAUGGUGAGUAUUAGUCUUAUGAAUAAUUUUAGUGAUAAAAGAUGUUCAAUAAAUGAGAUUCAAAAAUUCAUUAAAGAAGAACCCUUACUUGAAUAAUCUCCAAUUAGACUUAUGAAUUUAGGAAAUAAUUAUUUUAACAUAUAAAUCCUAAAAAGAAAAAGACUAUGCUUCAAUUAUUAGAUACUUAUGUUAAAUUUAACUGAGACAUAGAUCAAAGAUUUCUAAAAUGCCUUAUUCAUUUAUUUUGAUAAUUCAUAUGAAGGGAAAGAUUUAGAUGAAUUGAACAAUGAAGAAAAAGAUUUGCCAGAAUAAAUUUUGUGGCACCUUUAUAGUUUAAUCAUAUCUGAUAGAAUAAGUAGCCAAUAUGCUAGAUAUGAGUAUUUAGAUUAAUUUAGAAUCAUUGAAUAUUUUAAUAAAAAGGAUAAAGUAAUUUUUGAUUAUUAUUUAUUUAUAGGAAAAAAUUAAUCGAAUAAAGUAUGUUUUUACAUCUCAUCCUACUUAACUUAAUUCUCUUACUUAAUUAAUAGCUAUAAGUCGAAUGCUUUAGGGAAUAUAAUAAAAUGAUUACCAAUAUCUCAAGUAUGCUGCAAAAUUAUUUAUCCAAUCAAACAAACAGCGUGUAUUUAAUGUAAUUGAUUUUAUGUAUUCUCCAGAAAGUUUCUUAUAUCGAAGAAUCUCUAAUCUAUCAUUCUUAAUACUUACCUAAUCUUAUGAAUUAGGCUUAAGAAUUCAGAGGAGUUUAUUGAAACCUCUGAAACUUGGUUAACAUUUGAUUUUGACAAUCAUCCUGGAAUAGUUGUUUAUAUUUAUUGAUAUUUAGGAAAUUGGAAUAAUGACAUAUACACACGGUUUAACUAUGGAACUAACUUUACAAUAAUUUUAAGAAUAUAUUGCUGAAGCAAAAUUCGAAGACCAAAUUUAUUUUAAACAAAUGUUAGAGUUAUAUUAAUAAGCUUUAGAGUAUAGCAGAUAAAUAAGAGAAUUGAGUGAUAUGUUUAGAGUGAAAAAUGAAAUAUCGGUGAAGGAAUUUUUUCAAUAGUAACCAAUUUACAAUAUCAAAAAAAAUAGUAGAUUAAAUUAAUUAAGUUUUAGAGCUAAUUUUACUACAAAAUGACAACUCCAAAGAUUAUUUUAUAGCUUUGAAAUUAAAAAUUAUAUAAGAUUUUUAGGCUAACUGGUGUGCUGGGUUAAAUCAGAUUAGCUGGGGAAGAGUUAACAGAUGUAUUUUUUUAUAAAUUUUAAAGAUAAACAAAAUUAAGCAAAUGAUUAAAAAACAUUUUUAAAGAAAUAUCUCUUCUUAAUGCAAACGGCAAGCAGCAGAUAUGGUAAUUAUUGCCAAAUUUUAAACUUAAUCUUAAUAUGA